GGGACCAUUUACCGGGCUCUUCCUCCUGGCCCUGUCGUCGCCAUGGGUCAACGCAAAGGGCGCGGGCUGGGCGACGCUGCUGGUCUGCAUAUUCAUCCUCUGGCACGCUAUAGGAAGGAGCCUAUCAAAUAUCGCGCAACCUCCUCACCUUCCUAAAACACUCGACCGUUGCCCACUACCUACGAACAUAAGUGGCUGGAUUGAGGAGCCUCUAGCUGGAGCACAUCAGCAAGAAGACACGAGUUCGAGUGUGUUCAGGCUAUACCUGGUGUCUUUUUACUGGAUAUCUUUCAUCGGGGCCCUGAUGACGAUUUUCUUGGGGACUGCUCUAAGUCUUGUGACUGGUGGUCGCCGAACGGCAAGAGUAAAUCUACGUUUUACUAGCCCGGUAUUUCUGAAUUUCUGGAAGCGGUUCAGAUAUAUGCGUCGAACAUUUCAGCUUCAAGGAGACGAGAGGAAAAAUGGAGUUGCUGUAUUGCAACCCAAAAAGCGAGGCGACGAAGAUGAAGAACUUGUACGCCUCGACACAGAGCUGGCUCCUAUGAACAAAGAAAGUGAUCGACUUGGAGGAUGUCCUAAUGAUUCGCAACGUGCUACAAUUAAUAUUAACGAACCAACGUAGAAAAUACGCAUAUUUAUUACUUUCCUUUUGCAUACAAUGAGGCGGCACGCCUUUUCGCACGGCCUUGUCAAAACAUCAGGAGGGUACGCCUACAAAUCGCCUUUUCUUGCGGGCUUUACGGUUCCGGUAACGCGUUUCAAAACAUGAGAUGUGUUGCGAUUGUGCUUGUCGUUUGCAAAAUUUCCAGACAAAUAUAUUGGCGCUCAUUUUGUCCUGAUUGCAGUCGGCUGCAGUAUCGCUGCUGCUUGUGGGUGGCUAUCGCUCGGCCGCUUUUCCACGAAAGCGUCCAACAUGUUAAGGGAAAUUCGUAAAGGUGCGCAUAUAGUACGGUGGUUCCAAAGUGACAGCUAGGGGCCGGAGAAGUUGGCUGUGUCACGAUACUGACGCGAGGUACGCCGAGUACAUGCCUCUCGUAUCGCAAGGCGCGGAGAGCAUGGCCCCCGUCAAAGCGGUAAUCGAGCACAAGAGGGCGCUGGAUUCGCUGGAGUGUAAUAUCGUACCUGUUUUAAUUUUUGUUAGAUGUGUGCUCAGAGGACCCACAAAUUCGAUUCCCUCCUCUCACAUCAAUGGCUUCAUGCUUUCCUCUGUCUAAGUAAUAAAAAAGCGUAAAAAAACUCU